AUGUCCGCGGGUCAGCAGGGCAACACCCAGCAGUCCUCACAGACCUGGACAGAACCGCCCUGGUCUGGCUGGAUAGAAACAACAGGCGACGCCCUGCUCAUCCUCGAGGCCGCACGCAGAGGCUUAAUCCCAAGAGUCACCCGCCGACUCGUCGACUCGGAGCGCAAAAUGAUUACAUCGGGAAGCGUGUUUGUCUUUGACGAGGAGGAGAGCGGAAUCAAGCGCUGGACAGACGGCUUCUUCUGGAGCCCGAGCAGGAUUUUAGGCAAUUUCCUGCUCUAUCGCGAGACUGACAAACGGGGGAAUAGGAAUGCCCGCAACGCAGAUCCUGACAGCGAUUCCCCUGAUGGAUCCAGGUCUGAAGGCGCUCUCAGCCGCCCCAAGAACGAAACGACCUCGCUGGGCAUCGACAAGCAUCGAGAGCGCUCGCUAUACGGCAGUCUCACCAACAGCUACAAAUUCAAGUCGGACGGGCUCAUGAAGAAGACAUUUUCGCUUACGAUUGGGGGCGUCGCGCAGCAUUUGAUAUCGUACUACAAGAUCGAAGACGUCGAGCAAGGCCGUUUACGCACUCCCUCUUCCCUUCCAGAACUCGCCUCUCUCGAAAUCAGCCCCGAAUACCUCGAUAAAACUCAUUUCCGGAACGCUCCAAAAGUCGAAGUCGGCGCAGAUGGCAUACUUCGUUAUCGCGGAGAAGGCGAAGAAGUCGAAUCCCCGUCUCCGUCCUCUUCUUCAUCCGUUGUUCCACACCCAAUCGAAUCCAACCUUCCUCUUCUCACUGAUGGCCACGUAGCAGAAGGCCCUUCGUCUUCGGGAAAACGCAGCACGAAACGAUACCUGCCCUAUGGAACAACACCCCACGUCCGUGCGCGGAGGAGAUCCAGGUCUCAAGCAGAUGCUCCACCUCCCAUGGGCCCCGCUUCGCCGCUUUCGCCUGCAGAAGGAUCGUCAGUCGUCUUAGCUCCACCACCGCAAACUGCAGCACCAUUGCCUCAUGUUCCGCCUGCCACGCCUGCUUAUGCAACCGACACAAGCGCCCCAAUGCACACUCCCAGCGCCUAUCCUCCGUACCCCUACCUUUCCCCGCCUCCAGCUACGAUGAACUACCAGCCACCAGCGCAUGUUGGCAGCACGAUGUACCCUCCGCAGCAUGCCUAUCCACCUCCACCACCGACUACCCAGCCACAGGCUCCACUCCCACAACAAGUACCGCAACACCCGUAUCCGGCUUAUGCGACACCAGCCAACCCGACCUCUGAUCCAUCUUCUUCGUCUUCCACCGCCACUCCUCAACAAUCUACGCAGAACCCGACUACCUCGCCGCACCAGCAGCACCAGCAUCCUCAUCCGCAGCCGCAUCAACAGCAGCCAGUGCAUCACCACCAUCCACCACCACAUCCCCCGCCACCGCAGACGUAUCCGUAUUCGUAUUAUCCGCCACCGCACCCCCCGCCGGUGCACGUCCCUCCCCCACCCCAUCCGCAUGCUCAUAUGCACACCAUGCAGUACGCGCCGUACCCUCAUCCUGGGACUGCUGCUCCACCUCCACCACCGCCGCACGUGUGGCCUUCGUAUCCUGGGUACCCGCCGCAACCGCAACCACCGCAACCGCAUCACCAGCAACCACAACCACAGCAACAGCAGCACCAGCAACAUCAAGCUCAAAUCCCGGCUGCACCUGCAGCUCCAGUUCCGACGACCCUGCACGCUGCAGUGACACAAGCUCAAGCUGCUCAGCAGAACCAUACCGCUCAUCCACCUCAUAAUACACAUUCGCCGCAUAUCACGCACUCGCCGCAUCCUCAGCCUUCGACCCCGCAGAUGCCAGAUGGGCAGGUUCAUGGUGGUGUCGGUGUCGGGCUUGGGGUGGGUGUUCCGACCAGUGCUGAUCGGACGGAAGUUCAGACUGGCCAGUGA